GGCAACCAGCAGAGGCCAAAGGCUCUCUCAUCGGCGCGGGCUCCAGCAGAAAAACAGUCGAACACCUAGUGGGCUUUCCGCUUCUCAUGCCGCCGGCGCCCCACCUUCGCCCUGUCCUCCAUCGCCUACCAACCGACUUCCCUGACCCCAACUCCACUGGAAGAAGAUGCCUCCAAAGAGCUUGGGUUACACAAAGAAGAAGCUACGCGAACGCCUCUUCUCCUCUCCUCUCGUCUUCUUCUCUCCUUCAACGCUCUUCCCAUAGAAGCAAGUGUCCUUUGAGGUAUGCGGUCCUCGGCGCUGGCUUCGCUGGACUAUCGGUGGUUUGGCAUCUUCUAAAGCAUGGUCCGAAGGAGUCUCCUAUGCGCAUAGAUAUUUAUGACGAAGUUGGGAUAGGGGCCGGUGCAUCUGGCGUUUCUGGAGGACUCCUUCAUCCUUACUCUCCUAAAGCUAAGCUUCUAUGGGGAGGCGCUGAAUGCUGGAAAGAGUGUUUGGAACUGUUAGCUGUUGCUGAAAAAACGAUGCAAGCAGGAACCUCAAAUAGGAUAAUGCAAGAUUCAUCAUGCACAUCUGAUGGAACGAUGAUCUGGAGAAGGGGAAUAUUAAGGCCUGCAACAUCAGAGAAGAGUAUGAAGAUUUUGAAAGAGAAUGCCCAAAAUUGCCUUGAGGGUUGCAGUCUAGAAGUUCUAGAUAGGAAUGCUGCUCAGUGUCUUAUACCUGAUUUAUGUGUGCCAUUCAACUUUGCUGUUUAUAUGCCCCUAGCUAUGAACAUCCAUCCCAAGAGAUAUCUUGAGGCACUGUUUUUAGCAUGCCAUCAUCUAGCGGAUGUGGAGUCUAUAUCAAGUUCUGAAGAAAGAGAGAUAAAUCUGUUCAAGGAACCCAUCAGUAGUCUCCAUGGACUAUCAGAGGAAUAUGAUGCAGUGAUCAUCUGCCUUGGUGCUAAAGUGGACAUGCUUCCAGAGCUCUCAGGAAAGCUCCCUCUGAGGACAUGCAGAGGUGUUGUUGCAGAGCUCCAAUUGCCUGCUAAUAUGGGAGGAGAAUAUGGUGACAAGAGCCCCUCCAUAUUAUCUGAUGCAUGGCUUGCCUUUCAAGGGCCACGGCGUGUGUUUAUGGGGUCAACAUGGGAGUGGAGGUCUAAGAAUUAUGCAUCAAGUGUCUCUGAAGAAGAAGCUUCAAGAGCAAUGGAAGAACUUUUCCCGAAGGCUUCUGCUGUGUAUCCAGCUUUAAAGAAAUGGACAUUUGUUGGAGCAAGGGGAGGUCUGAGGGCCAUGCCGCCAUUGACUCCUCAUGGAUCACUACCACUUUUGGGUUGCAUGGAUGACGUCAUUGAAACAAGGGGCAGGUGUAUGUAUUGGGUAGUUGGAGGCCUUGGCUCUAGGGGGCUUCUUUACCAUGGUUUGGUAGGGAAAUUGACAGCCCAAGCCGUGAUCUCUUCCGAUGAAAAAGUUCUCCCUCUGGAAUUCACUUCAUGGAAGAAGAUGGCUUCAAAAGUAACUACUUAGUGAUGUUUUUGGAAUGCACGGGAUAACUUAAGAAAGGUCCCUAAAUUCCAAGUUUUGUUAGGAUGAAUCUUUAUUGCGUGCAUCAUCUGAUAAAUCUUUGCUUUUUUUCCCCCUAAGUGAUGGUACUUCAAUUAACAAUAUUUAUCUGCAGAGUUGGUUAUGCUUAAUGUUGAUGCGAAUGAAGCUUAGAAUAUA